CAAAAAUUAACAGAUGCCCUUUUUUAAGACAAUGGCUAGAAAUUGGACUGACUAAGCUGUCUGUGGGCAAAGUUUCUAUGAUAUCGAAUUUUCAUUGAGGUUAUAAAGUCUGGCUUGUUCAGAGACAGAGCAAUUGCAACAUAAGCAAACAUUCUAAACAGUGAUAAAAAGCAAGUGUUCUUCUUGACAUCUUUGUUGUUGGACGCAAAAAUGGGUAAGAAACGCCGAUUGCCAGUUGUAGACGUCGGCGAAGGACCCUCAAGUUCACGACAGAGAGGGGAGGAGCUGCAAGCCGCCCAUACUAGUGAUGCUAGGUCACAACCCUCAGGAAUGGAAAGGGACCAUCCAUUGACAGUUGUGGAAGUUGGCCAAGGUUCAUCACACUCACGAGACAUCAUGCAGGAGGAGUUAAGGGCUGCCUAUGAUGCUGAGCACGUAAGAUGGGAGGAAGGAGAUGAUGAUGAUGAUGAGACACAGGCGCCUUCUGGAGAAGAUUUGGUCCAACAAACCGCACCAUUCACUGAUGGGUGUGCAGAAGAUUCAGUUCGAGAAACCCCAAUAUCCAAUAAUUUAAAUAAAAAACGUGGAAUAACGCUAAUGCAGCGGAUAUGGGCUCUUCCAGCGAACAAGAAACUUGUAUGUGGGUUAAAUGGGAGCCAGCAACCGGUUGGAGAAAGCGGGCAAACAUUCAAAAGGUGGUUGGGCACCUUAUGCAUCUACCACAACUAUUGCCCACUUAUGCCAAGUACUUGGACGCAUGUCGACCGUAAAUACAAAGAAGAAGCCUGGAUAGCGAUAGAGAAAAAGUGGAUCAUUGACCCAGAAAUUAUCAAACCAGCUAAUCAAAUGAACUGGGCAAUGCACUUACUAGGGGAGUUGAGAAGGAACCGAAGGAGUAAGUUAAAAAAGAAAUGCUACCCAAAAGAUGCGUUGAAAGAAGAUGUCAUUAAAAAUCAACCAUCUUGGGCUGAGGAGCAGGACUACCGCGCACUAGUUGACUAUUGGUUUGAUCCGAAAACGAAGACAUUAAGUGAUACGAACAAGAGAAGUCGUGCGUUUCAGAAGGAUAUAGCGAGGACAGGGCCUAUAAGUUUUGCCCAAACUGCUGACAAUAUGGCAAAAGAAAGCGGCCAAGCAGUGGAGCGUGCAUAUGUUUUCAUAAAAGCAUACUGCACGAAAGAUGGGACUCCUAUUAGUGAUGUAGUGCUACAUAAGAUUGAUAAAAUGAAAGAAAUUUUAGACAACGGGGGCAAACUAAAAGGAGACCGUCGCGAUGGAAUUCUUUGGGCACAUGAUGAUGCGUUCGCUCAAGUGAUGGGCAAAGAAAGUUCUGGACGUGUCCGUGGGGUCGGUUUUGGACCAACCCCAAUAGGAAGAAGUGGGUCCAACCUUCCAUGUUUGCCUGGGCCGUCGUCCCCUGAAACGGCCCAACGGAUGACUGCAUUGGAAAAUUCGAUGAGGGACCAACUUGCUUACGCAGAGCAGAGGCAUCAAGACCAGAUGGCGUCAUUGCAUGCACAACACAAGGAGGAAAUUGCCGAAGCAUUGGCCGAAGCAAAGCGGGAGUCAGAUGCACGGCAUGAGCAGCAACUGGCUGAAGCAAUGCGUGAAUCAGAAACACGGCAUCAGCAGCAGCUGGCCGAAACAAAGCAAGAAAUGGCCGAAACAAAGAGGAAAAUGGAUGAAAUACUAGCCUUCUUACAAAAGACGCUAAGCAGUUUAGGUUUAAGCAAUUUGUCAGAAUGUAUAUAAUAUAUUCAGGAUAGCGCUACAUCAUAGGGAGGACUCUUCGUGGACAUUCGGAAUAUUGUAAUAUUGUAACUUCGUGGAUAUUCAAAACAUUGUAAACAUGAUUGUAAUAUUGUCUCCAAUGGAUUUUACACUUUUUCCCUCCAUUUAGUUGCUGUAUUGAACGACAUAUUCCAUAAAGAUUGAUCAAUUUCCUGUAUUC